AGAAGAAAAAGACUACGAAGAAGUCGACAAGCAGGAAAAAGAAGCGCGUUGCAAGCACAACUCAGCCAGUUUGAAACUACGACGUGACAUCGGACCCAGGAGGUAAGAUAUUGGCCUCCAACAAAAACCUUUAUCUCAACUGCCUCCUUUUGACGUUUGACAUCAACGGUUUGUUUGACUUGUGACCUUCAACAAGGCAGCCAUGUCCUCAACAUCACAGAAACAUCGUGACUUUGUGACCGAGCCAAUAGGAGAAAAACCUGUGUUUGCUCUUGGCGGCAUUGGUGAGGUCCUUGGCAAAAGACUGGAGGAGAAAGGUUUUGACAAGGCAUACGUCGUCCUUGGACAAUUUCUGCUGCUAAAGAAGGACAAUGAGCUUUUCCGGGAAUGGCUUAAGGACACUUGUGGCGCAAACUCAAAACAACAAGGUGACUGCUUCAACUGCCUUAAAGAAUGGUGCGACGCCUUCCUAUAAAGCUUCGUCUGUUUCUUUUAUAUUGUUUUUGUAGUUCAAACUGGCCAUCAGCUCUUCGACAGAUUUAAAUCCAUGAUAUAUACGAACAAACACUGCAACACGCGUGAGGUUUAUUGAAGUAAACUUUUAAUUGUGUACACUGUUGAUGAUGUCAUUUAUUAUUCAUCGUCUGUAUCACAUUUUAAUUAAUAGCUCAUGAAUGAUCGAAAUAAAUUUGGAAGUCAA